AUGGCUGGUAGUAGUAAACAAGAAGGUCAAGAGAGCCGGAUAGAUGGUUCUUCUACUACAACGGUUACCAGAAAAAGAAAAGAGAGAGGGUUUUUAGAUGAUUCUGAUGAUGCUUGGAUUAGAAGAAGAACUAGGAGGGGAUUUACAGAUGGUUCUUAUAGCUUGAAUGAUGAGUCCGAUACUCAACCUCCUCUGCGUGAAGAUUGGAAGUCUCUGAUAGAAGUCAACGAUACUCAAAGAUACUCUCUUUCAGUCUCCUCCUCCUCCAAGAAACGGAAGGAGCUUAAUGAGUACUGCGGCUGCUAUUCUGAACCUAGAAAAAGAAAUGCUUUGGAGAAUUGGGUUUUAUCAACUGAAAUUGAUCAUACUCGGAGGUCUCCAUUCCGUGGAAAAAGUUACAAUAGGAUCCCUAGUUCGUGCCCUCCUCUGACCUCGCAACUGCUAGACAAUGAAUUGUCUCAAGAGCAAAAGGAAAAGGAUUUGGACGUAAUUUGGGACUACGAGAGCUCUGAAGUACCGUACGAUGUUGAUAAGACUUGUGUGUGUGAGGAAAUUCUGAAAAUUCUAAGGGAAAAAGGGUUUGUGGGCAAGAUCAGAAUCACCAUAGUCCUUGGCUAUCUAGAUUCUAUACCGGAAAAUGUAUUAACUGAUCUUUACAAAAACAAAGGUCUUGUGAUUGAGUUUGCCCACCAUUACAACCAUCAGGCGGCUGAUAUCUUUAUUAUCAAUCUUUUUGAAACAUGGGUUCGGAAGAAGAUUCCUCCACAAAAUGUUAUUCUAGUAACAUGUGACAAUGGCUACAAAAACUCUUUGGAACUGUUAAGAAAAGCGAAGCAUUUUACUAUAGCCAUUGUGAGAGACUUGAACAAAAUUGUUGUUUCCUUAGACUUGGUAAACACCGCUGAGUUGGUGUGGGACUGGAGAACCUUCUUCGGGCUGGGUGAGGGAGAGUGCAAGAAGAAACGAAGCCAGAGGAGGCUAUUUUUCUGA